AUGUCAAACGAAGCUCAACAAAAAAAGGGGAGCAACCAACAAAAUUCUGCGGGUUUUAUGUAUAUGAUAAAUCCUUUGAAUCAAUCAAUAAUAUUAAGACACUUUUCCGUUUUAGAUAAUAAAAAACCAUUACAUCCUAAAGCAGAGACUCUAUAUGCAUAUCCAACGCCACUAAAUGAACUAGUAUUUGUUCUACGUCUAUUAGAACCUGAGGAUCAUAGAAUGCUAUAUGUCAUUGAUCCAUGCAACAUAGAGCAAAAGCAAAAAUCUAUUAUAUUAACAUCAGCCCGUAAAAAUACUGGACAAGUACGUUAUUCAUUUAUUUCAACUGAUGGGGGUGAAAUGAUUGAUAUCAGUGAUACUAUUGAAGACAUUCUGGGUGAUGUUGAUGUGCUUGUGGUAGAGGAGGAGAAAGAGUACUGUUCAAGAUGUAGAUAUUUUGAUUCAAUCCAAGAAAUGAUUGGUUGUUUUAAUUUUGAUGAUCCAUUAUCUGCUAAUGACUACAUAGAAAUAGAUUUGAGAUUGCAAAAUCAGGAUAAAUUAGCUGAUAAAGAAAUCAUUGAACUAGUUAAAGGGAAGGAAGUGAUUGAAGAAGAAGAUAACCAAUCUCAAGUUUCUGAAGAUAAAAUAACUAUGGAUCAGGCUAUGGAAUCGAUUGAAAGGCUCCAAUUUUUUCUAAUGCAAGAAGAAAGAGGAAUAGGUAUUAGUGAGAGUUUCCUGCAUGAAUUAAACAAAUUUAAAAGAGAAUUAAAGAAAGAAAUUUUAUGUCAAUGGCUCAAACAGAAAUUGACACCUAUUUUAGUUAAAUGA